GUUGAGUUUUAUGCACCUUGGUGCGGUCACUGCAAAAAUUUGGCUCCGAUAUACGAAAAGGUCGCCAAAGAUUAUGCUCAGGAAUCUGAAUGUGUGGUGGCCAACAUCGACGCUUCCGAUCACCGUACCAUCGGUGAUAGAUAUGAUGUUAAAGGUUAUCCCACCAUCAAGUUUUUCCCUAAAGGCGAAAAUAAGACCCCUAUCGAUUAUACGGGUGGAAGGACAGAACAAGAUUUCGUUGAUUUCUUGAAUGAAAAUUGUGGGACACAACGUCUUGUCGGUGGCAGAUUAUCCGGAGAUGCUGGUAAAAUACCAAAAUUGGAUGCGUUUGUAGUUGAAUUUACUGAUGCAACGACGCGAGCUGAUAAAGAAAAUGUGAUCAAAGAAGCAAAAGUUGUAGCCGAUGAGUUAGACACACGGUUUGCUAAGUAUUAUCCGAAGGUCAUGGAAAAAACGCUGGAAAAAGAAGAUUAUGUGGAUAAAGAGAUAGCACGAAUUAAUAAGAUUAUUGAAUCUGGUACUAUAUCUGAUAACAAAAUAGAUGAUUUCACGAUUCGCAAAAAUAUUUUGUCGAGCUUCCAUAAAGACUCCGUUCCACAUGAAGGUCAUGAAGAGCUAUAA